AUGGUGCGAUCGAACCCGCAGGUCUCCCCCAAGGUGGCGACGCGCGGCGCCCCCGAUCAAGAUGCGCUUCGUCCCAAACACGAUGAUGCCAGCGGCGGAUGUCAUGGACGCCGGCUCCUCGGCGCCCUCGCCCUCGCACUGCUCGUCCUCGUUGGAGACGACACCCUCGCCGCGCGGGCCGCUCCCGUCUCCCUUGUCGGACUACUCGGCGUGCGCGUCCCAGCACCUGACGCCCGGCGCGGCGUGGGGGCUGGCGACGAAGCUGCCGGCGCCGCGCGUGGAGGUGCGGCAGGUGUGGCGCACAACUUCGACCAGGAGGCCAAACUCAUCGAGUCGCUCCUGCCCAGGUUCCGGUACGUGGCCGUAGACACGGAGUUCCCGGGGACGGUGUACCGGCCGGCGGGACCGGCGUACACGCUCAAGCCGGAGGAGCGGUACAAGCUGCUGAGGUCCACCGUGGACGCGCUGGACCCGAUCCAGCUCGGCCUCACGCUGUUGGACAAGGGGUGCCGCCUCCCUUCCCUCGGCCUCGGCGACGGCGCCCCGGCCACGCGCGGCGGGUACGACCUCGCGUACCUGGUGAAGAUGAUGUUCGGGCCUGGGUUUCGGAUGCCCGCGUCGGCGGCGGAGUUCGAGGUCGUCGCCAGGGCGGCGCUCCUCCGCCGUCGGAGGGUGUUCGACGUCAGGGAGAUGGCGAGGCUCUGCCCGAGAGACGACCUCCGCGGCGGGCUGGACAACGUCGCCGCGAAGCUCAACGUGGCGCGGGCCGCCGGCAAGGCGCGCCAGGCCGGCUAUGACAGUCUGCUCAGUUGCUACACGUUCGUGGAACUGAGAGAGAUAUGCUUCGACGACGAUGGCAAGCUGACGAGCGUCGACGGGAUCCUCGCCGAGAUUACGGCGUUCUAG